GGCCUCAGGAACAGAACUUUUUUUUGGUUAGCCUUUAUUUUUUUGCAGUAACAUGAAGAAAAAACAAUGAUUAAAUGCGAUAUGGGCUAAGGUGUUUUGCUUAAACUUAAUUUAGGCAUGAUAUUGGGCGUGUGCGGAAAACAAUGGAUGGGAACAGCAAAAUAUUAUACGCUUUCAGAGGCUGGAUUGGUUUCAUAGCUUUUAUGGAUCUUGGCACGACGAUCAGAAGUUUUAUCGAGAAAAAAUCAUUUCUAAGCAAGACAUUCUUAGAAUACGAUGACGAAGAAUUUACCACUUCCCGAAUAUUGGGAAUUUUUGCGUUGCUAAAAGCUGUUUCAUUAAUAUACACCACUCUUUACAUUUAUUGCAAACCAGUUGUUGAUUUAGGAAAAUGGGCUCUGAUGACCAGCGUUUUGCUUUACUUAAGUGAAAGCAUCUAUUUUAGAUCCGUAACUUUAAAUGUGACCGUUAUUUUUCCUUUAAUAUUGAACUUGGGAACUUUAUUUGCCUUAUUUUACUUGCCAGUCAAAUUAAGAAUCUGGGAAAUCACUACAGGAUCUGAUGAUGAAGGUACUCAAUUAUUUAAAGAAGCACCAGCUGUUAGAAGAAAGAAAUCAAGAAGAGUUUAAGAUUUUAAUUGCAUUGAAAUCUUCUAUAUUAAUAGUUUGCUUGUUGGAAUGCACAGUUAACUUUUAAAGUUUCAACAUUUGACAACCCACAUAUCCAAAAUUUUGAAGGAAAGUUUUGCCAAUAGAAAUUAGAAGUUUGUUGAAAGUUACAAAACAAAAUAAAUCCUUGAAAAAAACCAUCCAA